CUGUGAGCUUUCCAAAGGGUCAAGGAGCUCUCCCAGGGCAAACAAACCCUGGGGCACUGAUACCAGAUGAUAUAAAGAGAGAGAGAGUGUGCGUAUUUUCCACUUUUGGGAGGAGGCGACAAUCAGAGAGACAGCAGAGGAGGGCAAGUGCAGAAAGAAGAUGUUCAAGUCUGUUGCAGUCCUGUUUCUUGCUCUCUUAGCAACAUCUACCUGCAAAAGGGAUAGAUGUCUGGAGGGAGAGACUCACAAGCCUAGACCAAGCCCUGAGCCGGACAUGCACGAAUGCACGCUGUACUCUGAAUCUUCUUGUUGCUAUGCAAAUUUCACCGAGCAACUGGCUCAUUCCCCAGUCAUUAAAGUGAGCCACAGCUCCUGGGACAGAUGCGGGGAACUCAGUAAAUCGUGCGAAGAGUACAUGAAGAAAAUCGAGUGCUUUUACCGGUGCUCCCCACAUGCCGCUCACUGGAUCAAUCCCAACUACACUUCUGGUAUUAAGUUAGUUCCUUUGUGCCAAAACUUCUGUGAUGACUGGUAUGAGGCAUGUAAAAGCGACCUCACCUGUGUCCACAACUGGCUGACAGAUUGGGAAUGGGAUGAAAAUGGAGAGAACCACUGUAAGAACGAAUGCAUCUCCUACGAUAAGGUGUAUGCGAAUGGGACUGACUUGUGCCAGAGCAUGUGGGGGGACUCGUUCAAGGUGAGCGACUCCUCCUGCCUCUGCUUGCAAAUGAACGAGACGGAUGCGGUGGCCAUCAGGUACUUAACUUCCGAAAGCUCGGAGGAGAGCUCCAGCGUGAGCAGCAGCGAGGAGCGGGCCUGCCGACGCAAACUGCGCAAGAUUGAGCUCCGGAAGGAAGAGGAAGGGGUGGAGGUGUUUGAAAUUCUGUGACAGAAGGGACCUGGUUCCAGUCCUCCAUGACCAUCAGCAGAAUGAUGCCCGAGGAUGUCACAGAGAAUGAUCUGCUUCCAUUCUGCACUGCUGCCGCUAUUGCCAAAGCUCAACCAAAAUCUGCACUAAUUGCAAGGGGACGUGAUCCCGAUAAUGAUGGAGCAAAUUCUACCCUGGAUUACCCUUUGAUGCCAAUAAAGUGGUAUGGAGCUGUCUGUCGUUCUAAGUCACCUAUCGCAGGGAUGUCACCAGUGUAAAUCAAAGAAAGAUUUGGCUUCGGUUGGCCAGAUUCGUGGCUGGUAUGAAUCAGAGGUUUACUGAUCUACAGCCGGUGAAGAUCUGGGCCAUAGCUUUUAAAAUGCCAGGGGUCCUAUUAGCAAUAAAAUGAAGCAUUUUUAAAAUCCA